CGAGCCCGUGGUGUUCAAGCAGCGGAUAACAUUUUAAAAGCACGUGUCAAGAUGGCGACCGUAACGUGAAGACGUACAGUUGACGUUUCUAACGAAAAUUCGCCUUUACACUUACUCAUUCGUUCAAAAUGGAAACGGAAGGUUCGGAAGUGAAGGGCAGUGUAGCCCCUGAUUCAGGAGGUGCGCUCCAAAAGUGUAUUAUGAUGCUGAAAUCAGUAAAAAACGACAACGAAAGGUUUGCUGCCUUGCUUCUGGUCACACAACUUGUUCAAUCGGAUUCCAUCUCAUCUGAGCAAAGAAGAGAGCUUUUCAAUGCAGUGGGAUUCAAGUUUAUCAAUAGACUUCUUAACACCACCACCGUGCCUGCGGACUGUCCUGCAGGGAUGUUCAGAUCUCUAGGAAUGACGAUGCUAACAUGCUUCUCGACCGAUAAAGAAUUGCUGUUCUGUCAGCAAAUGGUAACAAAGAUACAGCAUCUAAAUGACGCGAUUGUCAAAGAAGGAGAAGAAAGCUCUAUUGUUGCUGACGCCUAUCAGAUUUUGACGGCAUAUGCAUCGACAGCUGAAGGCUGUGAUCGUUUAAUUGAAGGGAACACUGUCCUAGCCCUGUGUUAUGUCAUUAGACACAAUGAACAAUUUGCAGAAAGUGCUUUUGAAGUGUUACUGCGAAUACUCCAUUACAAAUCUCACCAAGUGUGGAACACUUUUGCAGAACCAAUGAUUGAGGUUCUUAGCUAUUUAUCUGAACGUUUCAAGUUACUACAGGAUAUGACGAAGUUUGAGGCUUGCAAGAAAUUGGUGUCAUUUCUCCAUGAGACUGAAGAAGAGGCAUUUAGAUCAGCCCAGAAGAUGACCAAUCAAGCAGAUGAAUGGAAAUUAGAUGUCUAUAGAGGAAUGAAGGAUGUAUUACAGAGUAAAGUUACACCAAAGCAAAGGGACCCUGUAUUAGUUUUGCUGUCUUUGAUGGCAGAUUUAAAUGGGGGGCUUGACUUGAGAAUCUUGGAAAGUCAAGAUGCAGGGGCUUUCUUUGUUUUUAUAUCUACUCUUGUUUCUAUUGAGAUCAGACUGGGAAUAGAAGAAAUAGCAGGUUUAGACACAGCACCUAAGUCAUCUAUCCUGAUCUCUUGUUUUAACAUAUUGGAGCAUAUCAUCAGCAAACUAAUAACAUCACAACCACAAGACCAAUCAAAGGCUUCCACUGACUUUGGAUCAGAGGUCAUUUCUAAAGUCUACUCUCAAGUCACAGAAGCUAUGGCCAGUGUUCUGAAGUUGCUUGAGUGUGUAGAGUUGGAAGUAGCAUUGCAAGAGAUGCCAGAGACCAAGAGAAACUUCCUUCUGGCUUUAGCAAGAGUGUUAUGUUGCUGGCUUGCUGAGGAAUCUGUUGCACUGCAAGAUAAAGUGCUCAAAGUUUUGCCUAUUCUGAUCAAGCUCUCAGAGGAAACGAUGGAUCUAGAUUCCCCCAGUCCACAGCAACAUCAAAAGUCAGCUAAGAGUGUGUCAUUCAAUCUGCCAGAACCCCUGAACCAGCCUGCAAGAAAAGUAGAGAUCUUGCGAUUCCUUCUCCCUGCUUUGUGCCACCUGUCAGCUGAAGACAAAAGUCGUCACAUCUUAAUUGCCCACAACAUAACCAAGUUGCUGUGUCAGUUCUACGCAGUUCUCUGGCACAGAUUUUCCUCUUGUCACAAUGAUGCUGAAUCUGUAACAUCACUUACCACUCUCACUGGGGUGCUACUAAACUUUGCUGUGACAGAACCAGAGAUGGUAAAAAGUGAUGUGCAACUCAGGAACCUCCAAUCCAAGAUAACCACACAUGUACCACAGCUGGUAAGCAGUACCUCUCAUGUUCUGCUAACAGCAAACCUAGUGGUACUGGGGCUAAUGAUGAACCAUCAAGCACAUGCCUCAUUUGGUGAUCAAACUGAAUUUUACCAAGCUGCAGUGACUUUCCUGAAAGAGUGUAGUCCAAUAUUAGGCGCUGGCAAGGCUGGCAAGCUUCACAUAGCUUGUCAAAAGGAAUGGGAAGACAUGGCUGAACUUUGGUCACUAGGUACACAAGUCCUCACAGCAAGCAUUGAGCAACACAGUGCUAUUAAAGACAUAGUCAAAGCUAGUGGAUGGCUGCAAACCUUUGGUAAAUUUGACAUAGGAUUGGUUAACUCUGAGAUGAUUGAGCAUGUAGACAUUCUUCAGGGUCUGGUCAGGGCUGUACAGUAAUAAAAUUGCCCAGUUUAUCAUUGGUGUCACGAAUAUCAUGAAUAUGAGUUGUUUAUUGAUCACAAAUACUUUGAAAGCUAAAACUGUUAUUUUUCUUUAUUUCUUUUUCUUUAAAUGUAUUUCUGUAACAGAAACCCUAUGUAUUUACAGGGCAUGUGUUAGCACAGGGCAUGUGCUGUUUAUCUCAGUAAUCUGAAAUUAAAUCCAUGUAGAGUACUA